AGCGUGCGGCGGGAGGCGGGGACGGCCCCGGCGCUGACGGCGGCGGCCCGGAAGGCGGCGCGGACCCCCGCGGCGCCGGCUGGGGCAUCACCGCGGGCCUCGACCCCGAAAUGGCGCUGCUGGCGGAGCACCUCCUGAAGCCGCUGCCCGCGGACAAGCAGAUCGAGACGGGGCCCUUCCUGGAGGCGGUGGCCCACCUGCCGCCCUUCUUCGAUUGCCUCGGGUCCCCAGUGUUCACCCCCAUCAAGGCAGACAUAAGUGGCAACAUCACGAAAAUCAAGGCUGUGUACGACACCAACCCAGCCAAGUUCCGGACCUUGCAGAACAUCCUGGAGGUGGAGAAGGAAAUGUACGGGGCAGAGUGGCCCAAAGUGGGGGCCACGCUGGCACUGAUGUGGCUGAAAAGAGGCCUCCGCUUCAUCCAGGUGUUCCUCCAGAGCAUCUGUGACGGGGAGCGGGACGAGAACCACCCCAACCUCAUCCGUGUCAACGCCACCAAGGCCUACGAGAUGGCCCUCAAGAAGUACCAUGGCUGGAUCGUGCAGAAGAUCUUCCAGGCAGCACUGUAUGCGGCGCCCUACAAGUCCGACUUCCUGAAGGCGCUCUCCAAGGGGCAGAACGUGACGGAGGACGAGUGCCUGGAGAAGGUCCGCCUCUUCCUGGUCAACUACACGGCCACCAUCGACGUCAUCUACGAGAUGUACACCAAGAUGAACGCCGAGCUCAACUACAAGGUGUAGCCACCCGGGGCACACGCAGAAACAGGGAAUCCCGAGUCACUGUGAAGCGAGCCGGCGGCCGCCCCCAGCCCACAUCCAUGUCCCCAGAGCGGCCCAGGGCGCGGCUGGGAUCUGCAGGGGACUGUGGCCUCCGUCUUUUAAAAAGUCAUUCUUCCAUCUAUUCUUAUGGAGCAAUAAAUAACGAUCCUGCUUCCUUAUCUCCUUUGAAUUUCACAACAGCACAGAGUGACUUUAUACCUUCAUUUCAGCGUGGUAAAAACUGAUUAAUGUUUCUAACAAAUCAAGUCCUAGGGUUUUUGUGUUGUUUUUUUUGUUUUGUUUUGUUUUGUUUUGGUUUUGUCUUCCCCCCACGCAGAGCAUGACUCUGGGGGGAUUUAAAAAUAAGCACGAUUCCUUGCGAGGAUGUGACUGAAUGAUGUUUUGGGCAUUUUAAGACCCAUGAGGAGUUUGAUUUGAAAUUAUGCAGGGCCCCUAUUGUGGGAUCAGACAACAAAAACCAAAAAACAGAAACCGAUGUGUGUCCCCAUGUGGUUUGUGCAGCCCAGCUCACAGCACUGUUAAAUCCUGCUCUUACUUACUGUCCUUUGCCAGACAGUUAUUAUUAUUUUUUUUUUAUAACUGAAACCAACCAGCAAGCCUUCGAUGACCAAGGGGCGUUCAUUUUAAAGCUAUCUGGCACAAAGAAUUGGCCACAGAUGACUGUGUUUGCAUUCUUCUGCCUAAUUGUUUUCUUCAGGGACAACUUUUCCAACCUAAGAAACUUCCUACCACAUGUAUUGUCUUGAGGGGGAGAGGAGGAGCUCCCCAGCUGCCGAGACCCAAGAAAACGCCUCGCUGCCUUAACUGUCCUUCCUGGCACUAAAAAAGAGCCAUCUUUUUAAAAUUGCUGGGGCAAACAAAGCAACCCCAAAGAAUUGAUGUGUGUUGAAAACCCAAUGAGGAACAAUUGGUGAUUUUUAUGCAGAAACUUAAUAAUCCUUAAUAAAUAAAUCUCUAUUUUGGAAACACA